AUGGCAGGCAGGCAGGGAGCUCGCCUUACUUGCUGCAUCACCGACCGGGAGCCACCUAAGCUUCUGCAGGGUGACCGUCAGCAGGAGCUUGAUCCUGCUCAAAAGCCCCAUCGGAGUCAGCACAUAAGUCAUCUUGUGCAUGCUUACAACUUCACCGAGAAUGAGUCUACCAGAUUCUCACCCGACUACCUAAUGCUUGAGAAAGCGGUCACCGUACCCGGUCCUGGAGCGCAGCUCCAACAGAAAGGCACGGUAGAAGAACGUAGAGCACAAGAAAGUGAGAUUACAGAUGCUAGCACAGUUCCUCAAGUCACACAACCACCUGACUUUACCCCUAAAGUCGUGAAGACUACAGCAAACACAGAAGAAGGAUUUUCAGAGGAAGCAAGGCCUCAGAGACUGAUAAAGCCUGUGUGCCAUCUCACCUACGAUUCCCCUGCAGUGCCUGACUCUGCACCCAAACCAGCCUUUGAGACAGACGGAGACCUGUUAGAAUACCUGCUAAAUCUGGGGAGCAUUGACAGGAAGGAUGGAUUGCUGGUCACCUGGUACCAUUCUGCAAACAAAAAGAGCGAGCUGGCGGAUGCCUUGAAGAGUGAUGUUAUGAUCCUGGAAGCAGAUGUCAACGUAGAAGGACAUAACACUCCUAAUGAGACCGACAAGCCCAUCAUGGCCCAUCCCCCCGCUACUUACAGUGACAACACUCUUCAGGAAUGGCUGGAUGUCGUCCUUAACUCAUCUAGCAAAGGUAUCAAGCUGGAUUUCAAAAGCAUCAAGGCAGUUGGCCCAUCUCUGAAUAUUUUACUAAAGAAAUCCUCGGAAGUGAAGCUCAAUAGACCUCUCUGGUUGAACGCAGAUAUUCUAAUGGGUCCCAAUGUCCCCAUAAACAUUGCAAUUAACGCAAGUUUAUUCCUCUCACUCGUCCAGGAGAAGUACCCAAACUGCACACUCUCUCUAGGGUGGACGACCCUCUAUUCAUUUCUGUUCCCCAACAAAACCUACACUCAGAAAAUGAUUCAAGAGAUGCACAGCAUUGCGGGGACGCUGCCCCAAAGGGUCACCUUCCCUGCCAGGGCCGUCCUGUUGAGAUUGGCUUGGCCCCAUUUCAGCUGGCUGCUGGCUCAGUCGGAUAGGUAUAGCCUGACUCUGUGGCAGGGGAAGAUGGAUCCAAUCACAGUGGAAGAUCUCCUGUUCAUCCGGGAUAAUAGCCGUGCUGAACAAAUCUAUUACGACAUUUACAAUCCUGUUCUGUCUCAGUUCAAGGAAGCAGCAUUGAAUUCAACAAGAAAGAGAUUCUAUUAUCCUGGAGGCAAUUUGCUAGAUUACUUUCACCCAGCAGACUCCGAUGAACUAUGGAUAGAGUGGUAUGGGAUGGAUCACUAUGAGAACAGGCUGGAAACACUGUCAAUUCUUAAAGAAAAGAGGGGCAUGAUUGCCUUGGACAUUGCAUUACAGAACAGCACCAGUGGAAAUCUCAUUCCCGUUGCACUGUAUCCAUCAGCAGGCCUCCCCCUGGAACAGUGUCUAGUUACAGUAUACAGACAUCUCAAUCCUUGGGGGAUAUUCCUGAACAUAACAGAACCUGGAGCACUUCGCCCUACUCUUGAGCUCCUUAGUAAGCUAUAUGCCCAGAAUCUCUUAUGGAACCCCAUCUGGAUAAGCAUGGCUCUCUCCUUUGGAAGCUUUGAGACACCGGGAUACAUGCAAGGUGAAGAAUUCUUAACAGCCAUCAACACCAUUUUCCCAUAUGUUACCAUAGCCCCUGGCUGGCCCAGGGAAGUGCUAACUGCUGGUUACACUGGCCCAUUGGUAGAAGAUAUGCUCACACUCUGUAAGGAUCUCUGGCAACAAGUGUCAUUUCAGCUGGAGGCUAUGGCACUGAGUAGAUCAUGGCUGGCAACUACAAAGCUGUUGGAGAUUUCACCCAGCUACACCAUCACUGUGCAACACAGUUACACAGAGGGUAGCUACUGUGGUGGCUUCCCAGGACUCUGGUCUAUCCGAACACAUACACAGAAGGGGGUCUAUUAUAACAUACCAAGACAAUGCAGAAAUGCUUUGAUGGUGGAUGUCGGGGAGGGAUAGCUCAGUGGUUUGAACGUUGGCCUGCUAAACCCAGGGUUGUGAGGGGGCCAUUUAGGGAUCUGGGGCAAAAUUGGGGAUUGGUCCUGCUUUGAGCAGGGGGUUGGACUAGAUGACCUCCUGAGGUCCCUUCCAACCCCGAUAUUCUGUGAUCACUGUGUUUUCAAACCAACUUCUUACUCUGGCAAUCACAGUAGUGGCAGGUCUGUCACUGACUCCUGCACUUGGGGGACUGGGCAUUAGAACUAUUCUCUAAGUAGAGUUUAAUUUAUUUGGUUGUCCUUUUUGCUUUGAACACGUCUCCCAAACAGAUCCCCUUUUGGUUUGUAAUGUCAGCCUGUUCAGUAGUUCACACACUGACCGGGCGAGGCGGAAGGGACGGGCUUCUCUCUUUAAGGAAGGAUGGUUUGUGGUUAAAGCAGUGCACUUAGACUCAAAUCCUGGCUCUACCACCACACACACUGUCAUCCCGAGCAAAUCCGAUGGGGCUAGAUUAUCAAAAGAAGCUCAAAACCCCACCGCUCCCAGUGGGAUACUUCUGACUAGAUUUUUGAGAUUAAGCACCCAACGUACCGAGCCCUUUUGAAAAAAAAAAAAAUCAGUCCUUAAUCUUGGUGUCUCCGUUUUCCCCAUCUGUAAAAUGGAGAUGGGAUUUCCUCUCUCCUAUCUUUUGUCCGUUUGAGCAGAUUGUAAACUCUUGGGGGCAAGGACUGUCUUUCUGCAGGUAGGUGUAACCUCUAGGAGCU